AUGCAGUCGCUCCCUGAGACCCGCGCCCAGACGUACGAGGAGCUGUACGGGCCGCCCGAGAACUUCCUGGAGAUUGAGGUCCGCAACCCGCAAACGCACGGCGUGGGCCGCGGCAUGUAUACGACGUACGAGAUCAACAUGAAGACGAACAUACCGGCAUUCAAGCUCAAGCACUCGACGGUGCGGCGCCGCUACUCGGACUUCGAGGCCUUCCGCGACAUCCUGGAGCGCGAGUCGGCGCGCGUCACCAUCCCCCCGCUGCCGGGCAAGGUCUUUACCAACCGCUUCUCCGACGACGUCAUCGAGCAUCGCCGCGAGGGCCUGCAGCGCUUCUUGCAGAUAGUUGUUGGCCACCCGUUGCUGCAGACGGGCUCGAAGGUCUUGGCUGCUUUUGUGCAGGACCCCAACUGGGACCGCAACCAAUGGUAA